AUGAUUGACGCUCGAACGCAGGUGUCCGUGGAUCCGUACCCGGGAUACGUGCACGGAAAGCGUCCCGCGGUGUGCCCGCGCGGGUGCGAGCCGUUGGAAGCGGCGAAGACGAAGCGCGAGAGCGCGGGAAACAAACUGAGAAGAGAAGCCGAAGAGUACGCGCGGUUGUACGGUCACGAACGAGGGAUUGAUGAAAAGAUUACGGAUGCACGAGUAAAACACAUACUCGACUCCAUCGACACCACGGGGACGUAUGCGCACACGCUGGACGAGAUUCGUUGGGGCGCGCGAAUCGCGUGGCGCAACGCGCCGAAGUGCAUUAAUAGAAAAUUCUGGGCGACGCUCGACGUCAUCGACGCUCGAGACGCCGAGACGAACGACGAGAUGUUUGAGGCUAUUAAGGAACACUUAAGGCGUGGAAUAGGCGGUGAUCACAUUCCGGUGCUCAUGACGGUGUUUAAACCGCAGACGCCGAACACCGAAGACGGACCGCGCGUUUGGAAUUCGCAACUCAUUCGAUACGCGGGCCAUCGAGGACCGAACGAAACCACAAUCGGCGACCCCGCAGAGUUGCACUUCACCGACUCCGUGAAGAAGUAUUUCGAUUGGGUACCGAAAGGCGGUGCGGAGACUCCGUUCGAUCCGCUUCCGAUUGUGGUGCAAAUCAGUCCUUCGACGCCGCCGAGCAUUUACGAACUUCCCGACGAGUGCUUGCUCGAGGUACCGAUUCACCACCCUACGAUUCCUGGCAUCUCGCAGCUCGGAUUGCGCUGGUAUGGCAUCCCAGCCGUGUCGAACAUCACGCUCGAUCUCGGUGGUUUGCAUUACACGGCCGCGCCCUUCAACGGUUGGUACAUGGUGACUGAGAUAGCGACGCGCAACUUUUGCGACGAGUCGCGAUAUAAUUUCGCGCCACGAAUUGCCAAAGCGAUGGGCAUCGACACGUCUACGAACGAAACUUUAUGGAAAGAUCACGCGCUCGCUGCGAUAAAUUACGCCGUUCUGUAUUCUUUCAAGCGCGCGCGUGUGAGCAUCGCUGACCAUCACACGUGCGCCGAAUCCUUUGCGCAGUGGUACGCGGAUGAGAUGAAAGAUCGCGGCUAUGCGCCUGGAAAUUGGAAGUGGAUCGUACCCCCCACCGCGGCUUCGACGUCUUCGAUUUAUCUCGGCUUGAACAAGAUGACGGAGUAUACGCUGAAACCGGCGCUCGUCGGCGGUAUGAGUCUGAAUCAACUCGUGAUUCGCGCGCGGCGCGCCAACUUCUUCACCGCUUCUGGGCUGUCUCAAGCGGCGAUGCACGUCGCCGUCGCGGCGGCGAAGUGGCGCAAGCGCAUGGUGCGAGUAAAGGGAGCGCUUAUUCUGUACGCUUCGGACGGAGGCCGCACGCAAGCACGCGCGUCAUGGCUGUGGUUGUUCUUGAGGCAAAGAUUUCCGAUGAUUCGGCCAAUCAACGUCGCGAAUCCUGACCUGCGAAGUGACGACCUUUUGAAAGCGCUCGAGCGCGUUGAAUUCGUAAUCGUGCUCGCGUCGACCACGGGGUCGGGGGCAGUUCCGACGGGGUCGGAAAGGUUCAUCGAGUGGUGCCGUAGUGACGGAGCGCGCGAGGCGUUGAAAGACAAAAAUUUCGCGUUGUGCGCGUUCGGCUCGCGCGCCUAUCCAAAGUUUUGCGGCGGUGGCAAGCAGUUCGCGAUGGCACUCCGCGAAGCCGACGCGAAAGAGAUGUUUCCUAUGGUUUGCGCCGAUCAGCUCGAGGGUGAAGACGCCAGCGUGCACGAGUUCACGAAGAGUCUGUUCAAUUGGUUCCACAAACACGAGCGCAUUACCGCGUCGCUGCGCGAUCUUUUGACCAAUCAGCUUGUAAGCGGGGCGCGGCUUCAACCGUCGUUUGUCUUGAACGUGCGUCGCCGUGACGUGCACGGACGAGACCACACGGCUGACCAUCGAGCAGGCGUGCCGGCGACGUUAACCGAUCGAGUCGUGCUCGGCGACGGUAGUAGAUUGAACACUGUCGCCGUGACACUCACCUUACCGCGCGGGCAUCGAGACACCGAGUUUUACAAACCCGGCGAUCAUGUUUCAGUGUACCCUCGAACGAGCGAAGCGCGCGCGCGCUAUUUCGUCGCGCACUUUGGCAUCGACUUUGACGAUCAAAUCGAACUAGUUCCUCUGGACGAAUCAGAAAUCUUUGAGAAUUCACUCGACUCGAGCAUUCCGAACCCAGUCGGUGCCGGUUAUCUUUUCACUACGGUGCUGGAUAUCAACAAAGAGCCAUCGGCGGAGUUGCUGCAAGCCCUCGCGCAUUACGUCGACGACGAAACGUGCAAAGCACAAAUGGAAAACUUGGCACUCGAUGAAGACGCGCGGCGAGAGUGGAUUUCGCAGACUGGCGCGCGGAUAUCUACACUCUUCGAUCAAUUUCCGACGUUGAGCGCGACGCAUCGCCACAUUCUUCUCAAGAUACCAAAACUUCGCGCGCGUUAUUACUCCGUCUCGAGCUCGCCGCGCGCCGUCGGAAAUAACGUGUUUUCUUUAACCGUCGGACGUGUGACGUACAGGAAUGGCGACGGCGUGAAUUCGCACAUGCAUCUCGGCUUCUGUUCUGAUUUCUUGGCGACGUUGCCCUUGCGCACAAACGUCAUGGUCGAGAUGCUCCCGGCGCCGGCGUUUCGAUUGCCGCGGUCUCCGAAGGUGCCGAUUCUGAUGAUCGCUGGCGGGACUGGGAUAGCGCCCUUUAAGGGGUUCGUCGAUCAUCGCGCGUGCAUGGCGCCUGAACAAAGGAGCGACGCAUGGCUUAUUGUGGGAUGUCGAACGCGAGGAAAUCAGUUGUAUCGCGACGAGAUGGAAAUCGCCGCCGAAAAUGGCGCGUUGACAGCGUACCUCGUCGGGUAUUCUCGCGAGCCAGACUUGCCGAAAAUGUACGUCGACGCCGUGAUGCGCGAGAACGGCGACGGGAUUCGCGAUUUGAUUAAAGGAGGCGGACACGUGUACGUAUGCGGGGACGUGCGAAUCGAGACGUCCGUGCGUGGCGCGCUCGAUGACAUACUCGGUCGAGCCGAAGUGGAGUCGCUCGAAAAAUCGGGUAGAUACCAUCUUGAUAUAUUCGGCGCCUUCGACGUGCAGACGUCGCUGAAUCAACAACUCAAAUCGGCGCGAAGGUCGCUUUCGUGUAGAAAGAAAUGA